CACCACCUCGAAUCCACUUCCUUUCACCGCUGCAGUCCACCGUUCACCAAUCGCAGUAGCCAUUGCGUGCGAGCUUGGCUUGCAUUGCCACUUGCAAGAUCAGCUCAUGGCAUCGACUCACUCGCCCUUCGACCUUGUCUGCGUGCAACGCCUUUUCUCCUCGACUCCGCCUGCCUUCUCUCGAGCCUCCUCGCCUCUCCAGCAUCGCUAAUUCCACACCGUCCUUCCCCUCCAAGUCUGCUGAAGCGAGAAAUGAGCCGCCAGAAUCGUAGGCGCGCUCUCACCAUGAGCCUCUCGUCUCGAGAGGCUACUCCAGAGCCGUCUUCUCCAGACUUUGAUCCUGUCCACCCGUCUCCUCCACCUUCGCAGCUCCACAAGAUGCAAGCAUCGAGAGAGCGAGAGGCUGCUUGGUUCGCGGCUGGCUGUCCGGACCUCAACAGCGUCACCUCCACCACCCAAUGCGACCCGAUCAUUGUAGACGACAGCCCUCAGCGUCGGGAACCAAGCUCUGUGGUCAAAGAUUCGAGCGGCCUCGCUAUCACAAAGCGGGAGUCAAACAGCGGGGAGGACCUCCCUGCGUGGUGGGACAGGGUUUACUCACGGGUUCAGCAGCGCAAGCGCAAGACUGCCCCGGCCCCUUCACAGCCCGCCCAGGCUAACUCUCGCAUCUCAAAGCCACUCGCGCCAACCGCUCGACCACCCUCAGCUCAAAAAAUCGAUCCUCUUCCUCCUCCCCCUCGGCAUCUCCGACACGUGCCUGAUCGUCAAUGGCCUCUGGUCUAUUGGGCUGUCAAGCACAUCGACCAGCGAAGCUACCAAGACCCUGAGCGCAACGAGGUGACCUACGACACCGGUGACUUCGGCCUGGCGUGGGCACGCGCUUGCCAUGCUUGCGUCAAGGCUGGUGAGCCUUGCUUGGUCGCCAAGGGCAUCAGAUGCUCAAGGUGCAGCAAGGCUUCGAGCAAGUGUGGGGCCGCUGGGAUGUGGAGGCGCGAGAAGACGACGGACAAAUACAAGCAAUUCGCUCUCCAGUACUGCCUCGACCUCAGCGCCAAGAGCGGAUACUUCACCUCUCCUCCUUGGGACGACAUCGACGUCGCCUUCCUGCGCCGCUUCCCGCACGACGCCAUCCUGCAAAAGGAUCAAGACGCGCUCGAUCUUCGCCGCGCUCGCGAGGGAGUCUCGUCUGCGCUUCCCCCUCGACCUCGCACUCCUCCGCUCCCCAUGCCCCUGCACGCAACGGCGGAGUGGAUCCAGCAGGCUAAGGACUCUGCUGAGUGGCAUAUGGGAUGCGCGCACUACAUCAACGCAAAGGCAAACGCCGCCAAGGAUCUGCGAGAGCGCGAGCUGGACAUGAUGGAGAGGGCGCAAUCGAGGUCUGGUGGUGUGGAUGAGUGGCGCAAUGCGGACGCGACCGCACAGAGCAGUAAGAGGAAGAUCGUGCGCGGUGUUGAGCAGGCGGCAAAGAGGGUCAAGGAUGCGUUGACACCGAGGUCGGAGUCGCGGGACAAUAGGCGCGAGAGGCCGGAGUCGCGAGAUGAGAGGCGCGAGAGGUUGAAGAGGGAGAAAGAGGCGGAGGGGAAACAGGCGGAGGGGAAGGACAGCUACUGGCGCAGAUGAGGUUGAGGAGUUCAGGCGACGAUGCGAGAGAUCGAGACAGAGUAGACGAGACGAGCCGAAACAUGUUAUCUCGACGCCAUCCAAUACCAAGCCAGCGCUCG